AUGGCAAUUGAAGGCGCUACUACUUCUGCGACUAUUGCAACAACAAGCCGAACUGCUGUGCCACCGGCGAAAAAAUCGGGGAAAUUUUCUGGCGCCAACUUCACAGGAUGGCAGCAAAGGGUGUUCUUUUGGCUUACCACUCUUGGUAUGCAGAAGUUCACCAAUGAAGACCCUCCAGUGCCUGCCGCCGAUAUGCCGGACAAUGAAAAAUUUAUGAUUGCUGAGGCGUGGAAACAGGCAGAUUUUCUAUGCAAGGGCUACAUCCUAAGUGCUUUGGAGGAUGAUUUGUACAACGUCUACAGUGCUAUGAAGGCUUCGAAAGAAUUGUGGGAUACACUUGAGAAGAAGUAUAAGACUGAAGACGCAUGCUUGAAAAAAUUUGUGGUUGCGAAGUUUCUAGACUAUAAAAUGAUAGACAGCAAAACCGUUGGAACCCAAGUUCAAGAGCUUCAACUAAUUUUCCAUGACCUUAUCGCUGAAGGUAUGGUAGUCAACGAAGCGUUUCAAGUGGCUGCAAUGAUUGAAAAGUUGCCUGCUUUGUGGAGAGAUUUCAAAAAUUAUCUAAAGCACAAGCGCAAGGAAAUGAAGUUGGAAGAUCUUGUGAUUCGUCUUAAGAUUGAGGAAGAUACGGUUAUGAGAGCGAAUAUCGCUAAAGAGGCUGCCCCAAAAAGUAAGAAAAGAAAGAAGUCCAUCGGACAAAGAAAGGAGCAAGCCAAGAAAAAGUUCAAGGGCAAGGGUCGCUAUAAUUGUGGAAAGGCUGGCCACAAAGCCCCAAAUUGUCGUCUCCCGAAAAAGGACAAGAAAAAUGGAAAAUCCAACAUGGUGGAGAAGAAUGAUGACAUUGAUGAUCUGUGUGCAAUGCUAUUGGAGUGCAAUUUGGUUGGAAAGCCAAAGGAGUGGUGGCUUGAUUCUGGUGCCACUCGACAUGUUUGCUCUGUAAAAGAAGCAUUUGCAACCUGUGCUCCUGCUGGACCCGAAGAGGAACUGUUUAUGGGAAAUACUGCAACAGCCAAGGUUGAAGGAUAUGGGAAGAUACUUCUGAAGAUGACUUCCGGCAAGGUGCUGACUCUCAACAACGUUCUGCACGUUCCUACAAUUAGGAAGAAUUUAGUUUCAGCCGCACUACUCAUCAAAAAUGGGUUUAAGUGCGUGCUUGUUAGUGAGAAAGUUGUAAUAAGUAAGAAUGAGAUGUUCAUAGGAAAGGGCUAUAUAUUUUCGUUGAUCCUCAGAAUUUUUCCUUACGAAAAUUUUCUGAUAUUCUUCUUCUUCUUUUCUGCACUUCUUAAAAUCUCGUGUGAUAUACUGCCUUUGAGUGGUUCACCGUCAUCAGAAUUUGCUGUACCGCUAUUUUGGUGA